CUCGUCCCCUUCGGGGUGACAUACGAAAAAUUUGGAACGAUACAGAGAAGAUUAGCAUGGCCCCUGCACAAGGAUGACACGCUUUUCCGGAGUGGUAGACCUACGGGUCUCAAUAUUUAUGCACUUCCUGCCUAUGGUAGCCCUCCCUGA